CCUUCUCCGGCUUCUACGUGGGGGGAAAAAAAACACGGCAACGCCACUUUGCGGCUUCAAUGUCACGAUGGUGGACACCGGCGGACGUGGACGGCGAGAGCUUAGUGUCCUCGCACUGCGGACGUGGUCUUUCUCCUCCGGCGCCGACGCGAUUGUGACGUGACGACCACUGCUGCCAUGACAACAGCCAGCCAUCCCCCGCUUUGUUGAAACCAGGGCUGAAGUUCUGGACUCGGAGGAGCAACAUGUCUGCCAAGUCACGUCCAUCCUGCAGCGUCUGAGUCAUGGGAAAUGUGGAGAGCCAUACCGGCGACCAUGCCUUCUUUGGUACAGAGCGUGGCUACUUGUCACGUAAGCACAUGUCCCGGUCUCUCCGCAUCUCCAACAAGCAGUCCAGGCGCUGCCGACACCAGAUAGAGCACCGGAACUCCGAGACCAGCACGCGCUCCAGCAGCACCCCGAGCAUCCCGCAGUCCCUAGCAGAAAGUGGUCUGGAGCCUUUCAAUGAGACCAAAGUGCUGCCGGACUUUGGAAGUCCCAUCUGGGUGGACCGUGUGUCCAUGAACCUGAGGCCCGUGUCCUUCCACCAAGACCUGGCCAGUCCCACGGCGCACGCCAACACCAUGCUCAUCACUCUCCCCGGGCCCACAGCCGAGGAGGUGCAGGAUGAGGACUUGUACGCAGGCGAAGUCACGUACCUCGAGGACACCCGGGGCGUCUCGAAGGAGGCGGUCUGCUUCAAGAAGACGCGAUCCAAGUCGGCGGACACGUGGCGAGACGACAGCCUGGAGUUGUCUCUCUCGGACCUGAGCCAAGAGCACCUGACCAGCACUGAGGAGAUGAUCACUCCGGGCCAUGAGCGGGACCUGACCGACUGUGAAGGCCUCCUACGGUCCAGUCCCGCCGAUGACCGGGCAAACUCCCUGGACGAACUGUACAACCGGAAGACACCCGGUCUCAGCCAACCCCACAGCCGCUACGCCAAAGGGGCCACCAAGGAUGGCGAUGACAAGAUGAUCUUGGAGGAGGAGGGUAACACCUACAGCGCCUACACUCUGCCAUGCCGGCGCUCGCAUUGUUUAUCUGAAGGCCUGAGUGGCGCUCAAGCAACUGUGUGUGCCAGCAUGCAAGGCAGGAGGGCCAAGACCAUUCAGGAUGUGACCGCCGGCGAGGGCAGCGAGUACGAGGACAGCGGCAUCAGCGGGGUGACUGCGGAAGCGGACGAAUCCCGCCGCUACAAGACCAUGUCGGCCUCCUUUUCCGUGUGCUUGGCGGCAGGCGUUAGCAUGUUUGCCGGCAGCGACAGCGGCAGCAGCAAUGGCGGCGGAGGCAGCGGCGUGCAGGGCGUCUAUGAGAACUUCCGGCAGGAGCUGGAGAUGAGCUCCUGCCAGACGGAGAGUGUAGAGGAGGCGGCGUUGAGUGACGAGCAGAGCACUGUGAGCUCCGCCUACCAGUCGGACGCCUUGCUGAGCGCCGCGCAGGGCAUGGUGCGCAAGGCGGGAAGGCUCGCCGUCAAGAACUUCCUGGUGCACAAGAAGAACAAGAAGGUGGAGUCGGCCGCCAGACGCAAGUGGAAGAGCUACUGGGUGUCUCUCAAAGGCUGCACUUUGUUCUUCUACGAGACUGACGGCCGCUCGGGCAUCGACAACAGUAGCGUCCCAAAGCACGCCGUGUGGGUGGAGAACAGCAUCGUGCAGGCGGUGCCAGAGCACCCCAAGAAGGACUUUGUCUUCUGUCUCAGCAACUCUCUGGGAGACGCCUUCCUGUUUCAGACGUGCAGCCAGACUGAGCUGGAGAACUGGAUCACGGCCGUGCACUCGGCGUGCGCCACCGCAUUGGCCCGCUUGCACCACCGUGAGGACCCGGUGCGCCUGCUGGGGGCCGAGACCAAGAAGCUGGAGCAGAAGAUCGACAUGGACGAGAAGAUGAAGAAGAUGGGCGACAUGCAGCUGUCGGCCGUUACCGAUGCCAAGAAGAGGAAGACCAUCCUGGAUCAGAUCUUCCUGUGGGAGCAGAACCUGGAACAGUUCCACAUGGACCUGUUCCGCUGCCGCUGCUACCUGGCCAGCCUGCGGGGCGGUGAGCUUCCCAACCCCAAACGCCUCCUGGCCUUCGCCUCGCGCCCCACCAAGCUGGCCAUGGGGCGGCUGGGCAUCUUCUCCGUGUCUUCCUUCCACGCGCUGGUGGCGGCGCGCACGGAGAUGGGCGUGAGGCGGCGAGCGCACGCUAUGUCCCGCUCCAGCAGCAAGCGCAAGAGCCGCUUCUCCUCGCUGUGGGGUUUGGACACCACGUCCAAAAAGAAGACCAAAGCGCACCCCAGCAUCAACCAGGUGUUUGCCGACGGAGAGGAGCUGGUGAGGACCCUCGCAGACGGAUCAUUUGCUGACUUGGCAAAGGAGCUCCAGACCAGCGAGGAAGACUCUGGCAAGACCGUUCCGCGGCCCAGCCCAGAAAGUGACAUCUGGCUCCCCGACCACCUCACGCCCUCCUGGGUGUGUCUUCCCAACGAGCAGCCGGUGCUGACCAUCAUCCAGCCAGGGGAGUCGGCGCUCUGCGUGCUGGAGAGCAUCUGCAAGGCCCACCAGCUGGAUCAUACCAAACACUACUUGCGUCUCAAAUUCCUUAUCGAAGGCCAAGUCCAGUUCUACAUCCCCAAGCCUGAGGAGGACGUCUGUGACCUGCUCUACAAAGAAGUGGAGCUGUGCUCUAAGAUAACAAAAGUGGUGCAGUUUGACCGAGACGAGUCGUGCAUGAUUGGUUACGGUUUCUCCAUCUCGGUGGUGGAGGAGGACCGAGUGCAGCAGCUUUACAUCACAGACGUGCGGGCGGGAGGUCUGGCCUUUGCCAAAGGUCUAAACGCGGGCGAUGAGAUCCUGGAGCUGAACGGGAAGGAGGCCCACAGUCUCAACUUCUCCGACAUGAAGGCAGCGUUCUCCCGCUCCUCCCUGGCGCUGACCGUCAACACGCUGCCUCCCUUGGAGCGCCGCCAGCUCUGCUUCCUCCCGCCACGGCGCUCAGACGUGGAGGAGGAUCUCUACACAGACAUCUUCUCCCAGAGUCAAGAAGAGAUCCUGGAUGAUGGUGUCGGGCUGCUGCUGGAGAGUUCUGGUGACAGUUUGGACGACGACUCUGAGAUCUUCGGUCAGUUUGACGUGUGGACUCAACCAAGUAAACGUUCCUCCGACUCGGUCUUUGACGUGCUCCAUCUGAACACGGAGCAGGUGGCCGCUUUCUGCCGCAGCCUGCAUGACAUGAAUCCCCCGGAGAGCGUGUCCUCCUCCUCGCCCAGCCCGGACUCGCCCCUCCCGCCGCCGGUCGCCGCCCUCCGCCAGCUCUCGGACGCCGACAAGCUGCGCAAAGUCAUCAGCGAGCUGGUGGAGACGGAGCGCACCUACGUCAAAGACCUCAACUGCCUAAUUGGGAGAUAUUUGAGUCCACUGCAGAAAGAGACGUUUCUCACUCAGGAUGAGCUGGACGUUCUCUUUGGGAAUCUGCCAGAAAUGGUGGAAUUCCAGGUGGAGUUCCUCAAGACCCUGGAAGACGGCACCAGACUGGUUCCAGAUGUGGAGAAGCUGGAGAGAGUGGAGCAGUUUAAGAAAAUCCUUUUCUCCCUGGGAGGAUCCUUCCUGUACUACGCAGACCGCUUCAAGAUCUACAGCGCUUUCUGCGCCAGCCACACCAAAGUCCCCAAGGUCCUGGUUAAAGCCAAGAGCGAUGCCGACUUCAAGGCAUUUCUGGACGAGCGCAACCCCAAGCAGCAGCACUCGUCCACACUGGAGUCAUACCUGAUCAAGCCCAUCCAGAGGGUGCUGAAGUACCCUCUCCUGCUCAAGGAGCUGUACUCGCUCACUGACCCGGACAGCGAGGAGCAUUACCACCUGGACGUCGCCAUGAAGGCCAUGAAUAAGGUGGCCAGCCACAUCAACGAGAUGCAGAAGAUUCACGAGGAGUUCGGCGCCGUGUUCGACCAGCUCAUCACCGAGCAGAGCGCGGACAAGAAGGAAGUGGCGGACCUGUCCAUGGGAGACUUGCUGCUGCACACCAGCGUGUCCUGGAUCAACCCACCUGCUUCCUUGGGGAAGUGGAAGAAAGAACCCCCGGUGGCCACUUUUGUCUUCAAGACGGCUGUGGUGUUCGUGUGCAAGGACGGCUCCAAACAGAAAAAGAAAAUAGGCGGCUCUCAUCGAGCGUCGAUGUCUUCCGAAGAAAAAGACGCCUUCCGAUAUCGUCACAUGAUCCCCACACACGCCCUGCAAGUGCGCACGCUAGCUAACGCAGAUGGUGAAGGAACGUCCGUAUGCGAGGUCGUCCACAUCAAGUCUGAAUCUGAGGGAAGGCCAGAAAGAACAUUCCAGCUGUGUUGUAGCUCAGCAGAGAGCCGCAAGGACUUGCUGAAGACGGUGCACUCCAUCCUGCGAGAGAAGCACCGCCGGCAGCUGCUGAAGACGGAGAGUCUGCCCCUCAGCCAGCAGUACGUGCCCUUCGGAGGGAAGCGUCUGUGUGCUCUGAAGGGCGCUCGGCCCGUCAUCAACCGUGCAGCGUCGGCCCCAACCAGGACGUUAGGACGCAGGAAGCUGGUGCGGAACCGCUUCACCAUCGACACCGACAUCGUUUUCGACGGCGAGCCCGAGCGGGACUUCGCCUUGCCUCAAGACGCCGACAGAGCACGGGAGACAUCAGAGGAGUCGGGCGACACGGACCGCUGGGUGGAGGAGCAGUUCGACCUGAAAGAGUACGAAGACCCCGACAAGGAGACGGACAUCCUGAGCGACGAGGACGAGGAGCGAGCACGACGCUCGCGUGCACCCGCCAAUACCGACCUGGAGGCUUCGCUGGCGCCGCUGUCUCUGGAGGGAAACCAAGCAGAGGCCAUGAUGGAGCAGGACACGGGCGUCUGGGUGCGGCGGGAGCAUCCGACAUGCUCGCCUGACUGAAGCACAUCUUCUUGGCAAUGAGCGAGGAAACAUCACGUAGAACUAAUAAUCGUACAAUCACUUUCAUCGGCAUGUUUGCACACUAGGGCGGUGCUCUCAGGCCACGCCUACCUUGCCAAAUGUUUACCAUCUGAUUUCUUCUCGGCCUGGGCGAAAAUUCCAUUUUAUUCAUUCAUUUCAGUUCAAAAAUGGAUGUUUUUUUAUUUUCUUUAGGCAGAGUCACACACACGGCGAGCAAAAUAUGGCUGACGGUAACGCAAACGAGACGUUUGCUCCACAGAAAAGAAAAGUGUUGUCAGUGAUUUGGUUUUGCUGCAACAGGCGUGGAACAAAUGGCCACACGCUGCAAAGUUUGUCUAACCCGAAGCAGAAUUGUAACUCUUUACCAGGGCCGAUAAAAGGCCACUACUCCAAUAGUAAAAAAGUCAUUUUUAUUUACACAAAAUAUACAAAACUCUUAUUUUUAUCCACACAUUAAAACUAUACAAAACUGUAUUUUCAUUUACACACAUUUUUCAUUUGAAAGUUUUGUCACACAUAGGGAGCUCUUUAAUAACUAUUUGAUUUAUUAAUUUGAACAAAAGCAUCUCAGUAAAUAUGCCAGGAUUAUAAACACUAGCUACCAUUUAUCUGUUUACUUAUCUCAAAUAAUUUUACCCUCAUUAUUUGAUAUCUAUUUAAUUUAUUUAUUCGAGCAAAAUCAUGUCAGUAAAUAUGCCAGGAUUAUCAACACUAGCUACAAUUUAUCUCUAUUUUUUUAAAAUUUUAAAUAAUUUUAAACUCUAUUUAACAACUUCUUAAUUUAUUUAUUUGAGCAAAAGCAUCUCCGUAAAUAUGCCAACAUGAUCAACACUGGCUACAAUUCAUCUGUUAACUUUUUUCAAAUACUUUUUCACAAUGUUUAUUUUUUUCAAUAAUUUUACACAAAGUUAAAAUGAUAUCUCUUGUGAAAAGAGCCCACUUUGUUCAUUUUAAUAAUGCGAAGAUGCAAUAUAUGCAGGUUUUGAUUAAAUAAAAGUGAAAUUAGUAUGAAUGAUGUCAUUUGUAUGAACUGGUUUCUUUAAAAAGUAAGGGAAUAAAUUAAAAAAGUAUAUGUUUUUAGGCUGUAAAUAAUAGCAGGUUCUUGUCUGGCGUAGUUGACUCAAAUAUUUACUUUAUUAGCCCGCUUUUGUUGCGUUCAAGAGCGUAUUUAUCGUAACACUUUGUGUCAACGGUUUGGGAAUCAAAUAUAAUCCUGUCGGACUUGAAUAUUCUUUAAUGUUUCUCAGCCUUCCUUCCUUAUAGUCAACUUUCUCGCGAGCGCCGCUGUCGAGGAUUUGCACAUGAGCUACUAAAAGGUGUCAAAUGGUCUUCACUGGGAUUUUUUUUUUUCAUAUUUAUUGAUUUGUAAAUGUUUUUGUUAGCAAGAGUAAUUGAUUUUUUUUUUUUUUUAUAGAUGUUCCAAAUGUGCUGAAGCAAUCACAGACGUGCAGUUUGUAGUCAAAUGUGCUUUGGUUUUCUAUUAUUACUGAAGUGUACAUACCACACUUAUUGAUAGCAUAAUAAAGACACUUGUUUCCUACCCAGGAUUUUGUGGACAUUUUUGCACUCAACACUUCAUAAACUAAAAAAGCCAAAAGCAGUGAAGUGGUCACGUUGUGUAAAUGGUAAAUAAAAAGAGAAUACAAUGAUUUGCAAAUACUUUUCAACUUCUAUUCACCUGAAUAAACUGAGAGACUUAAUUUGUUUUUCAAAUAAUUAAGAACUUAGAAUUUAAUGGCAGCAACCCAUUGCAAAAAGGUUGUCGGAGGGUAAUUUUUACCACUGUUGCAUGGCCUUUCCUUUUAACAACAUUCAGUAAAGGUUUGGGAACUGAAGAGACACAUUUUUGAAGUGGAAUGAUUUCCCAUUCUUGCUUGAUGUACAGCUUAAGUUGUUCAACAGUCUCCCUUCUGCUAUUUUAGGCUUCAUAUUGCACCACACAUUUUCAAUGGGAGACAGGUCUGGACUACAGGCAGGCCAAUCUAGUCUAGUACCCACACUCUUACUAUGAAGCCACACUGUUGGAACACGUGGCUUGGCAUUGUCCAGCUGAAAUAAGCAGGGGCGUCUAUGAUAAUGUUACUUAGAUGGCAACAUAUGUUCCUCCAAAACAUGUACUGUAUAUACCUUUCAGCAUUAAUGGUGCCUUCACAGAUGCGUAAGUUACCCAUGGCUUGGGCACUAAUACACCCCCAAACCAUCACAGAUGCUGUCUUUUACACUUUGCGCCUAGUACAGUCCGGAUCUUAUUUUUCCUUUUUGUUCGUUCACAGUUUCCAAAAACAUCCUGAAAUGUGAACUUGUCAGACCACAAAACACUUUUCCACUUUGCAUCAGAUGAUCAGAUUUGCAUUAGAUGAGCUCGGGCCCAGCAAAGCGUUUUUGGGUGUUGUUGAUAAAUGGUUUUGGCUUUGCAUAGUAAAGUUUUAACUUACAGAUGUAGCGACCAACUGUAGUAACUGACAGCGGUUUUUUGAAGUGUUCUUGAGCCCAUGUGGUGAUUUCCUUGACACACUGAUGUCGCGUUUUGAUGCGGUACCGCCUCAGAGAUCCAAGGUCCGUAAUGUCAUCGUUUACAUGCAGUGAUUUCUCCAAACUCUCUGAACCUUUUAAAGAUAAGCAUAGAUGGUGAAACCCCUAAAUUCCUUGCAAUAGCUGGUUGAGAAAUGUUGUUCUUAAACAAUUUGCUUAGGCAGUUGUUGACAAAGUGGUGACCCUCGCUCCGUCCUUGUUUGUGAAUGACUGAGCAUUUCAUGUAAGCUGCUUUUAUACCCAAUCAUGGCACCUACCUGUUCCCAAUAAGCCUGUUCAAAUGCAAAAUGUUCCAAAUAAGUCUUUGAUGAGUAUUUGUCGCUUGCAAAAAAUAACUUUUCCAGUGUGAACA